CUGGACAAUGCUUUAUAUUAACGCUGGAAGUUUUCUUCUUCUGCACACAUAGAAGAACAAGAAAAAGAAAAAAAAAAAGAAAAAAGAAAAAAAAAGAAUCCACUAUACUGAAUCACAGAAAACCAAAGCUUGAAUAUUCUGUUAUAUAUUCAUGGCAGCAGACUGUUGUAAUUCUCCGAAUCGGGGGUCUACACCGGUGAACGUUAACUACAGUGAUGAUGAUAUGACAAACAUUCAGGCAAAUGCCGCGAAUUCUGUUUACAUUCAGUUAUUUGGUAAGAGGAUAGGGUGUUUCAAGUUGGGCUCCGAUAUUCAUGAUCACUUGAAUCUCAAGGGCUAUGUAAAGGUGAACGACGAAGGUCGUUGCAGGUACUCUGCUAAGUUUUCCAGCCAGCGGGAUUAUGAAAUGGCUACUCAGACCAGUUACUGGAGCUGUUUUAAUGACUAUUCCAUUAAGAUCUAUAGAUGGCGUCCAAAUCUCCAGUUCAGUAAAGCCCCACUUCUUGCUGCUGGAGACAUGGUGGAAGCCCAUAUAGAAGGGCUUCCACUUGAGUACCGCAUGGAAGGUGCGGUUGUUCCAAUUGCAAAUGCUGUUUGUGAGCCCUUGGGCUGCCACGUCUCAGGGGUUGAUACUUCAAGAAGCAAAAGUCCUCGAUUUUGGUUUAAGUUGAUCGGUGUUUCUUCGGAUUAUGAUCUCCUUCCAUUGCACGUUCAAUUACCUGGUGGUCACUAGUGGGAUUGGCUUAUUCUCCAGCAAAGCAAUGCUACAAUUGUCGUAAAUUUGGACACAUUAGCUGGACUUGUCCUGAACAUAGACAAUGGUCAAGACCACCAAACCGGGCCAGCUCUGGUCCCGCUCAAGCUCAUCAUCGUCCUCGUGUGGACCCUGAACCAGUCCCAAUUACUGGUGAUGAAAUUGGAGCUGGAGUCAGUCCUCCCAGUCCAGAACUUCAUGAAGCAACCAGUCCUGUAUCAGUAGAUUGUUUUCCCACAUCCUCGGGGUGCACUGGCCCAUUGACCCCAAUUUCGAACACAGAAAUGAGGGAUAUUCCCGUUGAGAAUGGCAGCAAAGAAAGCAGGAAAACGCCGCAUGGCGUUGGAGCUUUACAGACCCUUGAAUCAGAAUCUCAGGGAUCUGGAGCCAGUCUUCUUGAAGAGAUCACUCCGGCAGAGCCAUUUUCAGUAGCAGAGUGCUAUGCCAUCUGCUCCGACAGAAGUAGUAAACCGACACCUCUUCCAAAAACAGAAAUGAGGGCUCCGGUUGCUAUUAUUGUUGAGAAUGGCAAGGAAAGCAGGUCGACAUGGUACGACCUAGGAGAGAAGGUUUCUAAAGUUGACGGUGCAGUGAGAGUCACUCACUUGAAUGACCAAAGGGGAACUCGGCGCCAGGUGAACAUAACUUCCCACACUGGCAAUGCACCUGCCGCGAGCUGCUCCAAGGGAUUGCUUUACACAAGCAUUGAGGAUGCUGGUGACAGGACUGCAAUUCGCAAAUUAAGGGACACGUGCAAUCAAAACGGUGUUUCAUUGGCGGUGGUGCUCGAUAAAUCCUCUGUUCUGGCCAAUGAUCGUCAAAUUGUCAGCUGCUUCGGUUUCUCUGAUUCUCACUGUGCAGAUAUGAUCUUUCGAAGCUUUAGAGAAGAUGGCUCGCCAGUAGACGUGAAGGGUAGUUGCUUGCUGAUGUGGAAAAGAGAAGAACUUUGUGUUGAUGUUUGGGAUGUAUGGUGUGGUAACACGGAGCUUUUGUCCCAAUAUGUCGCAUUUAGUGUCUCAUGGGUGGUAGGUUAAUUAAUCCAUUCGAGCUGAAAAUGGAAGAUUUUACUGAACCUCAAGUCCCUUUGCUGGAGCUCCCCCAACUUGAAGUGGAAGUCGGGGUGCUUCUCAGUGAGGAGAAGCAUCGAUCAAGCAUUAAGACCGUAAGAUCAGCUACCACGGAUCAUAUAAAUGGCAAUUUUGCUCACUGUCAAUGUUCGGUAAGCCUGAACUGAGAAGACAGUUGGAGUUAGUAUCAAAUUGCACUCAUCGAACUUGGAGGUACAUUUUUUUGGGUGGUGCUUCCAAUAAUCAGUCUUUUAACAUUUAUAAGACAGCUUUCCUUUUUUUGUUAUUCCGUUGAGAAGAUAUUUCGGUUCUGACCACUUUUUGGCUGUAGUAACGUCAACUGGACAUUUUUAGCAUUUGUAAUCGAUAUCAAGAAAGUUUUGAAGGCAAUAGAAGGUGUUUUUUUUAA